AUGGCAAAGACUAUCGCGACAGGACUGGAAGUGCCUCAACCCAGACCAAAACUGCCUUCACAUGUCAUGGACAUGUUCUCGCUUAAGGGCAAAGUGGCAUGUAUAUCGGGAGCAUCGUCUGGAAUUGGAGGUGCAGUAGCCGUGGCCUUUGCACAAGCAGGCGCCGAUAUCGCGGUUUGGUACAACUCGCACGACGGACUAGUCAAAACGGCCAAAGAACUAGCGGAAAAAUACAACGUCAAGGCCAUCGCCUACAAGUGUCCUGUCACGGACGAGCAAAAAGUCCAGGAGACAAUCCAGCAGGUUCAGAAGGACUUUGGAGGCAAGAUCGAUGUGUUCGUCGCCAACGCAGGCGUGGCGUGGUCCGAGGGUCCGCUAGUGGAGGCGCAGGAGCGCGGCGCGGCGUCCAAGGAGUGGGACAGGAUCUUACAAACCGAUUUUCAGGGCGUGUAUUACUGCAGUAAGUUUAUCGGAACAGUUUUCAAGAAACAAGGCCAUGGGUCGCUCGUCAUCACAGCGUCGAUGUCUGGCCACGUUGUCAACGUCCCUCAGUUACAGACGUGCUACAAUGCCGUGAAAGCAGGAGUUAUCCACAUGUCGAAAUCGCUAGCUGUCGAAUGGUCUGGAUUCGCGCGUGUCAACUCUGUUUCGCCAGGCUAUAUAUCUACUCCCAUCAGCGAGUUUGCCGUGGACGACACUAAGCAGAAGUGGCUGGAAAUGACACCUCUGGGUAGAGAAGGUUUGCCAGAGGAGUUGGUGGGAGCGUAUUUGUACUUGGCCUCCGAUGCCUCGACUUUUACCACCGGCACCGACAUUAUCGUGGACGGAGGUUACUGUUGCAUGUAG